GCGCGCCAACGACGUGAUGGCGUAUGCACGUCGUGUUCCAGGUGAUGUCGCCAGCUGUACGAGCGCCAACAUGGAAACCAUCAGUCUUUGCUUGACUCGCUUGCCAGUUUCACCCAAGUGCUCAUAAGAUUCAAGAUCCGCAGCUCAGGACUGCCUCCAAUCCCCAAAUCCACGCACAUCCAUAGACCCGCGGGUUGAAGCCCCCGACGCGACAUUGAGAAUGGCUACCAACACAACUCAAAGCAACCUCAUCCGACUCGCCCCCCUCCGACUGGGCGAGCUCCCAGAACACCCAGCGCUCCCUUGCGCGGACAGCAGCCGCCCAAACCUCCUCCCCUUCCUGCUGACUCUACUAGACGAUGGUGCCGAUUUCCUUUCGCCGGCCAGCUUUUCCGCCAACUUUAAACACCACUCUGUCAAGUCCGCGCCUCCCAGUGAAGCCAAGGUCGAGGCGCUCACCUACUCCGUCGCAGCCAAAGAGUUGGAAGAUAUCGUUGAUUGGGGCGCCUCUAAGAACACAACCGCCAACGCGAAUCCAGCGCAACUAGGGCAGGACGCAGGACAGGGAGACACUUACACUAGGCCUGGGCGAAGUAAGCCGCCACCCAGGGUUCUAAGUGCUGGCGAACAUUGGUGUGCUCGCAAAUCAAUCCACAAGGACAUUUCCUCGAAAGACACUUCGUCGCCAGGAAACGCAAGUUGGAAGGAAUUCAUCUUCGGCCUGCGCGACAAUCAUUCCAAACACGAGGAGGAUUUCACGCCCACUCUCUACGAUGCGCAUUGCGUAUGUACGUGGAACGAGGAGGUUAAAGAUCUUGAAUCUCAGGAGAAGGUGCUGGGGAAAUCGGGUCAGAAAUAUUCAUGCGUGACAAUAGCUGUCUACGAAAUGUGUCACGCAACCCCACCACCGACAAGUCCCCGCUGUUUUCCAGUCCUCGUCGCCACAGCUAGCAUCAGCGCAGAUGAGUUCCUCGCCGUCACUGUUCCUGUUACCUUGGGCACAAGCGUACACGAUGCCAUUUAUUCCUCUGGCCGCAACACCCGCGACGGCAAGACCUCGCAGCAACGGAAGUCCGUCGUGCUGGGCGUUUACACCGCUAUAGAAAUCGUCCGGCGGAAGAAGGGAGAUGUCAAUGUGGGUAAAAACUGGAAUGAGGUGGAAUGGAUCAUGGCAACUGCAAGUGAUGCGAAGGGUAAUCUGCCAAUGUGGAUGCAGAAGAUGAGCUUGCCUGGUAUGAUAUCCAAGGACGUGAGUUAUUUUUUGAAAUGGGUCAAGACCGUGCCAGACAGCGAGGUGGAAAGCGUCAAAGUCGUGUGAGAGCAGAGGGAUCACAGCGAUAAAGGUCUACCACCCAAUCCGUCGGGUGUACGAGGAAGCGACGGUGCGCCACUGUGGCCACCGCGUUUCUCACGUCAAAAUAACAGUGCCGUUCUGAGCAUCGACGCCUUCACCCGCCACAAACCACCAUCACUUCUAUCUUACAAUCACCUCGGCAAGUUAAAACACGAGAUACUAGAUUGGGAAAAGCGACGCGAACAAUGAGACAGGAGGCAUUUCCAAACCUACUUGGCAGCCCUGAUUACGGCACCGGAAAGGUCACGUCGGAUGAUGUCGGUGACGAUGGCUGUGAUUUGGAUGAGAAUCAUUCAUGUCGGGCUCCAAAGCAUCAAUCAGAGUACGACGUGCCAUGCCCAAGCAGAGACAAAACCGCUUGGUGCACGCCUCACCGGGUGCUAACACUUCCUUCGGUACGCUUGAGAAAUCUCGCGGAUCCCCGAUACAGACAAGGCUGCACUGAGGCCGGAGUCCUGGAGGGCGACAUCGAAGCGAUUACUGUAUCCUGCACUAUUGGAUACCUCGGCCUCAUCCACGCUUCGGGACAUAAUCUAUUCCAUAUCCCCUUCCAGUGGUCGUUAUGAGAGCAUCACCUGGUGGCAACCUCUGAAGCAACCUCGGAUGCUGUCUAUCACCUUUUUGGGCACUAUGUUGUGCUUGUCAGGGCCUGGUAUAGGCAGCAUCUGAUGUUAAAAGAGCGAGGUAUCUAUGCGCUGGGGUAAUCGAGAAGUAUUGGAUAUCAUUGUACAUGUUCGAUGGUAUUCUGUAUAGACCUCAUAGGUUAUUUGUUGGUCGUGAACCUGUCAACACUCCGUCUGGUGCAGGUUACCAAGUUCAAGGGGAAGUAUUACAGUAUUUGAGUAUGGUAUACCAUGUCCAACGAGUUCCCUGACGCUGAGCCUUUCC